UGUCACUUUGACGUUUAUUAUCAUGUGGAUUGCGGCGUGUUUAUCGUGUUUUUAGCGUGUGAAUUAAGUUUUUUUAACUAAAAUAGACAAAACAAAAUGCUUCGGCGGCAGGCGCGUUUGCGCCGUGAGUAUUUAUACAGAAAAUCCGUGGAAGACAAGCAAAAGAGUAUACAAGCGAAAAAGGACCAAAUCAAAAAGAGUUUAGAAGAGAACAUCCCAAUCCAUGGUGAUUUGAGGAAGGAGGCACUUGCUCUGCAGAAAAGAAUCGAUUAUGAAGACAAAGGUCCAGAAAGAGCAGCAGUGAUCGGUGGAUUUAGCGGUGGAGCGAACACUCUCAACUCACAGGACGACGAGUACAGGUUUGCCGGUGUGGAGGACCCUAAGAUAAUGAUCACAACGUCCAGAGAACCCAGCGCCAGACUGAAGAUGUUCGUCAAAGAAUUGAGGUUAAUAUUCCCAAACAGUCAACGGAUGAACCGUGGUGGUUACGAGAUGUCUCAGCUCAUCCACGCAUGCAGAGCCAAUGAGGUCACGGACUUCAUUGUGGUCCAUGAGCAUAGGGGUGUGCCUGACAGCCUGGUAAUAUGCCACUUACCGUACGGUCCGACUGCGUCUUUCACUCUCUCGGGAGUGGUGAUGCGACACGACAUUCCAGAUAUUGGGCCCAUGAGUGAACAGUAUCCGCACCUCAUAUUCCACAACUUCAAGUCUGAACUGGGUCUGCGGACAAUGAGCAUACUGAAAUACCUGUUCCCUGUUCCAAAGGAGGAUUCCAAGAGAGUCAUCACAUUUGCAAACCACGAUGACUAUGUCUGCUUCAGGCAACACACAUACAGAAAGGCUGGCAAAGAAAUCGAGCUAACCGAGAUAGGUCCCCGCUUCCAAAUGAAGCUCUACGAGAUAAAGCUGGGCACGCUGGAGGCGCUUCCGGCCGCAGACACGGAAUGGGCGCUCCGCCCCUACAUGAAUACAGCGGCUAAGCGACGCUUCCUCAGUGACGAAGAUGGAUGGCAGCAGGACGAGGAGUUAUAGAAAUAAAGAUUUAUUAUUAA